AUGAAGGUUCCGAAGCCCAUAUGUGGACGAGCUUUGCUCUACCUCUAUCUUCUCACCAGCCUCGCCGCUGUAGCAGCAUUGGAUCCCGCAAAGAGGGAUAAGCCGAGGAACCCAGCUCCCAGCUCGCAAGUUGAAAGAUCAAUAGACAACGAGCAAACAAUCGCCAAUGCUACACUAUUAUAUGGCGCACUACCAGACGGUCAGCUUCCCCUCGAACCGGUUAUUACGCCCGGAUGGGCAGUUGCUGGGACGGUUCUUCUCGCUUCAGGUCUUGCCCAUGGCAUUCUCGGGCUCAGGUUCGCAUGGCUGCACACCUUCUUCAGCACCGCCUUCCUAGCGAGCUUGGGCACGACGGUACUGAUCUUGUACCUGAUGACUCCGCCUAUUGGUAACGCGGUCCAGGGGGCAUAUGUCGUGGCGGUGGUGUGCACUGGUGCGAUCCUUGGAGGGCUGGCUAUUGCCUUCCGUGAUCUGACAGAGUGUCUUGGCUGCCUCCUAGGCGGGUUCACCCUUAGCGUGUGGCUCCUGACGCUGGGACCUGGCGGACUCAUCUCAGACAACACCGGCAAGGUUGUAUUCAUUGCGGCCUUUACUCUCGCCGGAUUCGGCUUGUACUUCAGUCGAUGGACACGCAAGCACGGCCUCAUCGCCUGCGUCUCCUUCUCUGGCGCGACAGCGACGGUUAUCGGCAUCGACUGUUUCAGCCGUGCUGGGCUUCGGGAGUUCUGGGCAUACAUCUGGGCGCUGAAUGACGGCUUGUUUCCACUUGGGGUGACCACAUAUCCGUUGACCCGUGGCAUUCGGGUGGAGCUCGCAAUCACCAUCCUCCUAUUCGUCUUUGGCAUCAUCUCGCAGCUCAGGCUGUGGCGCCUCAUCAAGACCCGCCGCAACAGGGGCAAAGAAGAACCGGGUGAGUCUGAGAGGGACUUGGCGACUGAAGAGGACAAUAUUGGACGUCAAGUAGAGGAAAUGGCCAGUCACGAGCGCCGUGAGUGGGAGCGUGUGUAUGGAAACGACACAAUGAAUGUCCAUGACGAGCCAAGUCACUCUGACUUGGGUGUUGGCGGCAUGGAAAGCGAUAAGCGGGAUAAGGAUAGAUCUUUGGCGGUCUCCAACCCCGGGUCCCAACAAUCAGCCGAAUUACCCCUAGACACAGCCGCCCAUUCGCCAUCCGCCGAGAUACCGAUGGCGCAGAUACUCACGGGUAAUGGCGUUGGUGAUUGCAGGGUGAUGGCCGAAGUUGCUGGGAACAACAGGUCAGAAGAUUUAAGGGAGGAUUUGGGAGAGAAUAUUCCCGGGCGGGCCGAGGUGGGAAGUGACGAACAUGUGAGCACGGCUGCUUCAGAGGCCCGGCUCAGCUCCCAGAGUGCCGUUCGAUUACCAACAUCAUAUAUAGGGUCCGACCCUCCAGUGUCCGGGGAUGAUGAUGGCAUGUCGUGUGCGGCAACGUUUGCCGAUGGAGGAGACAGAUCUCCUCUGGCAGCCGUUGCAGAAAACGCAGGUAAUGGGGAUGGGCCAGAUAUACCGUCCAGGCGCUCCGGAGUCGAAAGUCUCGCUAAUGGAGUAUCUGACAAUUUGGCCUCUCUCCAUAGAACUCCCGUCCAUGCUUCCACAGUUCGCCAAAGGGACGACAUCAACGCGCUUGCCGAGGGCCAUGAAGCCUUGGUUCCAUUAAGUAGGAAUUCACGGGGAGACAUCGUUUCUAUCCUCGCCAACCUAGACGAUAUGAGCUCCAAGGGGGAUGCGGAUACUAUUGCUUCAAGCGAGGAAAGGAAUCCUUUCGAGUCGGAGGAGACUUUGGAAGAGACCGGGAUAUCAAGACGGGCGCAGAAGGCUUCAUCAACGGAUAAGCUACAUGACCUUGAAAGGGUUAUAGACGGCGAUCUGGAACUACUGGAUCAAGGCGCCGCAGCUUCAACAAAAUCAGAUUUGACGCCCAACGGAAUAUCAUUGCAGCCACCCUCAGAUAACAUUGGGCAUGCCGCCAACAGCACCAGCACCUCGGACGACGAAAGACAGAAUCUAUCAAUUUCAGGGCACCCCUCGCCCCUAAACAACACAGUAGAUCUUCCGAACAUAAUCUCGGAGGAGACACUACCGAUCCCGUCACCUCCUGUGAGUCUCAGCAAGGAGAACCUCCCGCCGCCGUUCUCCCACAUUGCUUUGACUUACCGGACAAGCGAAUGGGCUAAGCAUCUCAACGCUGCUGAGAUCCCCGAACCGGAUAGCCCGCAAUCCCAAGGAUAUGACGAAGCCGCCUCAAAUGCCCAAGAACAGCCCGCUCCCGUGAACGUAGUCGAAUUGCAGCAUACAGCUGAGAAUGCUACGCCUCCGCCAGCAGCUCCGAGGACUGUUAGCAUGCUGCCAAACUCGGCUCCGCAGAAUGCCACGUCAAAAAGCAGUCCAAGGGGAAUUCCAUCAGCAUCCCCUGACAUGGCAAUACAUUGCGGGAGCACAAUGGCUCCUCGCCAUGCCGCGUCCAAGACACUAGUUAGCCAGAGCUCAACAAUGCUUACUGAGGCCGACGUUGAGAACAACGACGGUUUUUUCCGAAUCCCUUCAUUACCGCCUCCAAUGGAAGGCGCCUGGAUGGGCCAACGGGCUGGAACGCCCGCCCGCUUACGCCACCGAUCCUCCAUGUCAACCCUGGACGACAACCCUCCAAUGCGGUCAGGCUCACCGCAUGCUAAGCCACAGACGCUGAUGGGCCUUCGCGAGGCGUUGCUGCGGAACAGGGCUUCAGCAACCUUUGUGCGCCUUGAAGCCAACGCCAACGCCUCCCAUGGUCUAGCCCCAGUUGGCCUGUUGUCGUCUGGUGAAGGUGAAGCCGACCUCGACAACCUCCCCCUCUCCCGGCGGCGCAGCCUCAUCCGCCAGGGCAGUCUUCCUCUCCAACACCAGGCACACCCUGCGACGACGACGACGACAACAACAACAACCUUAAGCCCUUCUCCCCACCCGCCGCCGUUCCAGAGUCGCUUCUCGAGCGCGCCUGUCGUGGCCGCCGAAGACAAAGCGGCCCGUCAGGCCAAGCUCCUAGCCAGCUUCCGCAGCAGCGUCGCCGCGGGCCUGGCGGGCGCUGUCAACGCCCCAUCAUCCCGUGGUAGCAGCAGCAGCAGCAUUGAGCAGCAGCGGAGCAUACUCCUCGGGCAAAAGGAGGCCGAGGCCCAGCGGCGGGAGCAAGCGAGGCUGGAGCGGGAGUGGAGGGACCGCGCGUUUGGCGAGCGCAUGAGGCGCGAUGGCGGGCUGUUGAUGGGCGCUCAUCGCGAGGCUUUGAGGCGGUUGCAGAGGGGUGCUGGGGCGGAUAUGUAG